AUGCGCCAGGAACGUACGUACACGCCGGUAGAUCCUGAAGUGGGCUAUGAUGAAGCCGUAAAACGAAGGCAGCGUCAUUAUAAGGAGAAGUAUUUUGAAAAGAAGUUCAUGGCGAUCAUUGGUAUCACACCACCGACUAGUGAGAGUUUGGAAGACUUCGACAAUCUGCUGCGAGAUGAAGAUUUGCACCGGCUUGAAGAUUUAACAGAGAUAUGGAGGAUAAGGGAUACGAGAAAUGCGAUACUGGAACCGAAAAGCUUAAUUUACUACGCACGUCUUCAACGGGUGUUGGUGCAGAUGCUGCAGAACACUGCAAAGUAUCGAGACUACUUGCAGCGGUUCAUCAUCCGGUUCCAGGCGGCGAAUGAGGUACCCGUAGCGCACGGUUCGGGCACCGUGGAACUGGACGCCCCGGUACAUUGUGCCGUCCGUCAGCUGAAUGCAACAUUUCUCGACUGGCUGCUUCCCAGGAUAGAUGUGAAUGCGCGCAACCGCAGCAAGCAGACCGCGCUUGCGCUGCUUUGCGUAAAAUACGACCAGUACAUGCGACGGGACAUCCCAGCGACUGAUUACCCUUCGUACGUCGUAGAUCCAUUGGGCACGAUACGGACCCUCAUCAUAACGCUGCUGCAGGCAGGAGCGCUCUUUAACAUCUGUAGCUCGCAUGUGAAGCUGCCGUUCGAACUGCUGCUGGAGCAUUGCAAAUUCGAUGAACAAUUCUCCGUAGAGUGCCUGAGGCUGGCGCGCGGUGCACUGGCCAUCUGCAGUAUCAACGAUCGCGAGGAGCGUGUGGUUGGUUUCUACGAGAACAAUCCCAAUGUCAUUGUCAACGUUGAGCUGCUGGAAAUCUUUUUGCACUACAAAGAUCGCAACAACUUUGCCACCUACAUGGAAAAACUCUUCGUAGACGGCACGAACGUAAAGAAAGUGAUACGUCUGCUGUUGCAUACGGCUUGUGAAGAGAAUUUAUCCGACUGCGUGCGAUCGAUUCUCGAUCGUGGUGAGCUGGCCAUUUUCAGGAAGAUCUACCGCAAUCCCGUACAGGCUGAGAAUAAUGAGGCAGAGGAUUUCAAUGCCAGAUGGUUGGAAUGGUUGGAGACAGAGCUGGUGCAGGAUCCGCCCGAACUGGAGCAUCGCGUGGAGCUGAAAGGUUUGCUAAAGAAGGUCUGCCUGAUGGGGGAUCUUUCCCUGUUGCAUCGCUUCUUGGCCAUGAUAUCCGACCCCAUCCUGCUGAACGAGGAUCCGCUGCUGGUGCACACGCUCAGCAAAGCGCACGGUUCCAAGUGCCCCGCAGAGCGGGUUGCCCUGCUCGGGUUAGCAGCGGACCUCAUGCAGCGGAAAAACAUCGACAUUUUCAAGAAGGACAGCUCCGGCAACACAUCGUUACACCUAGCGAUCAAGUACAGGUUCGAUUCGGUGUCACAGUUUCUAUUACGCCAGCAGCAUUCCUGCUUCGGUAUGCGCAACAAAGACAACCUAACGCCACUCGACUAUGGGACGUACGACUUCUGGGUGAACUAUUUGAACACGUGUAUCGAUGCUGAUGUGAACCGCUCGGUGCCGGAUCGCGACGAGAUACGGUUCGACCUGAACGGGUUUUAUUCGCCACCGCACACACACCACACCCCUCCCAUCCUCCAAUACAGACGAGAGCACCUUACUGGACAGCUGAAGCCCCGAAACUCCACAGUCGUCCCCAACGAAAUGACGGCCCUGCAGCAUAUUGCCAAUUCAAAGAAGCUGAAGCAUUUGCUCCUGCAUCCUGUCCUAAAUACAUUCAUUAUGGUGAAGUGGACGCGCUUAGGCCAAUGGAACUUCCUGAACCUGCUGCUCACUGCCCUAACGGCCCUGUCCUUUGUCGUUUACUCACUCACCGCUUGUUCGGCCGACGGUCCGAGCACCGUGUGGUUGCUGUCCUGCAUCUGCGGUCUGGCGCUUAUGUGGACACGGGAGCUUCUACAGCUGCUGUUUCUGGGCCGGGCAUACAUUUCAUUCGAGAAUGCGUUGGUUAUGGUGAACGCGGUAUCGAUGGUUGUGGUGCUGGCACAAGGUUGCACCACACUGACGCCGUUUGUAAUCGUCAGCCUUUCCAUACAGCUCACCUUUCUGAUGGUAUUGACUUAUACAACCAAAUUCGCUAUGACUAUGUUCAUGUUCAGGACGGUUUUGAUCAAUUUUCUCAAAAGCUUCGGCUGCCUUUCACCAGUCAUCGGUGGGUUCAUGGUGGCGUUCUACGUCAUGUACACCAGGUCACCAGCAGAGCACGCGCAGGAUGACUUCCAUAGCUUUACCACGAUCCCGCACGUCUUCGUGAAGACGCUGGCGAUGUUCUUCGGCGAGUUUGAUGCGUCGUCAAUAAAAUUUGACGGUGCAAAGAUUUGGCUGUUCGUACUGUUUCUGCUGAUCGUAGCGGCGGUUAGCUCCAACUUGAUCAACGCAGUCAUGAUUAGUGAUAUUGUCGCCAUCUGGCGGGAAUCGGAGUUGAUUAGCAUCAGCAAGAAGGUGAUGCUGCUCGAGCAGUACGAACGAGGCGUCGCGAAUCUGUACCCGGCCUGGCUGAAGCGCUGCUUUCCGAAGCCUUUCUUCGCCGAGUAUCAGUGCCGCAUACACAUUAAGACGAAGGAACACAACAAAAUAAUGGUGCACGUCAAACCACCAACGCAGACGAACAGUGCCAACGGUGCGAAGGUUCGCGAAAUGCCAAUCGUUAAGUUCCCGUGGCACAGGAUGUGUAACAUUCCCGGGGUUCAUGUUUUUCGUGAAUCACUGCGCGCGUAUGCGCCCGAAUCGGUAGUGGACGAAGCGUUAAGCAUCAUCGAAAAGGAACAGGCGAGUAAAUCCAGCGUUGAAUCGAGCAAAACAAAGAUGGAUUGA